UUGAUCGGCGACCAUCACCAGCUGAGGCCUAAGGUGAACUUGUACGAGUUGACAUGGCAGUCGAGGAAGGGGUUUGACAUUGACCGAUCUCUCUUCGAACGUCUCGUCGAGGAUCGCAAUGCCCCAACCUCUGUCCUCAGACGUCAAUAUCGCAUGCGGCCGGAGAUCUCGAGGCUGAUACGAGAGACGAUCUACCCCGACCUGCUUGAUGGGCAGCGGGUGCUGCUGUAUCCGCCGGUGAAAGGCAUGCUGUACCCUGUCUUCUUCUGGCACCACUCGGUCCCUGAAGACAGCUUCCAUCCUGGCGACAUGAGGUAUCAGACGCAAGAAGGCUCCAAGACAAACUCACAUGAAGUCGCCUGCGUCAUCGCUCUGGUGACCUACCUCCUCCAACAAGGCUAUGCCCGAGAUCAAAUCACCAUCCUGACGGGCUACCUCGGGCAAAGCGUCUUGAUCACCAAGGAGCUGAAGAAACUCUCCGCCAGCAAGUCUGGCAUAAGAGUUGCCACAGUAGACAACUAUCAAGGGGAAGAAAAUGAUCUCUUGAUAUUGAGCCUGGUACGCUCGAACCCGACACAGAUGUCAGGGUUCAUGAAGGUAGAGAACCGCGUCAACGUCCUUCUCUCUCGAGCGAAGCAAGGCAUGUACAUCAUAGGAGACAAGGACACGCUGACUCAUCGUGACGCCAUGUGGUCAAAGGUUGUCAGCAUACUCUCCGAGAGCUCUUGUGUGGGCGACGCGAUCCCCAUCACUUGUCAGCGGCACCCUAAAGACAUUCGCUGCUGCAGGGACGUCAAAGACUUCAAGUCGUUCGCUCUCGAUGGCGGUUGCAUCCUCCCCUGUCCAACGCGCUUGAGCUGCGGACAUGCCUGCCCCAGGUUGUGCCAUCCUGACGGACACGAGGGGUUCCAGUGCCGGCAGCCAUGCACGAGAAGGCCGGAUCAGUGUCAGCAGCAGCACCGCUGCAAGAAGCUCUGCUUCCAAGCCUGUGGCAAGUGCUCCGAGCUGAUCGAGACCGUCCUGCCAUGCGGUCACACCAAGCCCAUCGAGUGCUGGAGGUCAGCUGAGCCCAGCAGGUCCUACUGCGCGGAGAAGGUGACGGUCCUCAUGCCAAAGCUGUCAAACCUCUGCGGGCAUGUUUGCAACGCUCCUUGUCAUCAGUCCAACGGCACCAAGUGCGGCAUGUCGUUCUGCCAGGAGCCUUGCGUACUGGGAUGUCAGCACUCCAGCUGUUCGAAGCCUUGCGGCUACUUGUGCCAGCCCUGCAUCGAGCUCUGCGACUGGCACUGCGAGCAUGCAGGCAGAUGCUCUCUGCUGUGCCUGGCUCCCUGCGAUCGCCUGCCAUGCAACGAGCGAUGCAGCAAGACCCUUAGCUGUGGUCAUCGAUGCCCGAGCGUGUGCGGGGAGCCG